AUGAAAGUUGUAGUUGGGCAACAAUUUGUUGUUCCUACCAAUUCAAAGGUAUCUUUACUUCAGCAACCCAUCAAGCAAGAUAGUGACGAGGAGCUGGAAUAUGCUGACAACAGCAGUGGUGUUGUAGAAAUUUCAUCGAUGAAAACAACGGAUAUGUUAAAUGGGCAAUUUACGUCUGAAUUGUCUGAAUCGCAACGCGGGGCUGUAUCUGAGGUUGGUAAUGGUGGGGUUGGCUUCAUUUGGUCAGUUAGUGAAGGAGGGCAUGAAGAAGAGUGGAGGCAUUCAGUUGCUCCCAUUCCUGCAGAUAAACUUUUUGAGAGCAUACAACCUACAAAUGAUGAACUGGAGAUAUCUACUCAAGAUGGAAAUGUACUUCCUCUUUCAGGAGAGUUGGAACCUGACUCUGUCAUGAAUGAUUCCGAUGAUGAUGAUAUUGUAGAUAUCAGAGUUGACUCAGCUUACUUUGAGAAGGAGGUUGAAGCAACGUUUUUGAGGGCUGUUCAUGAAAAUGUUAAAGAUGAUCAUGUUAUCUUAGAAGUGAACUCACUACGGUUGUCGUACAAUCGUGCUUCCGAAGACUGUGCCGGUGCAUUAUUCUAUUCAAUGAUGAAAUUGGCAUUAGAUACUCCACAUAGUUCAGCUAUACUAAAUUUACAACAUCAUGUAAGAGCCUUUACACCGAGUCUUUUCAUUCAGUCUGAUCAAAACCUUGGAAGCUUAAAGGGAGAACUUAGAGCCAUACUUCCUCAAGUAGAGGAGAUGCGGAAGAGAAAAUGUGACAGAAGCAAUCAAUUCAUUGAAGUUUUAGAGCAAAUACAUCAGAUAAGAAGCGAGAUUUACAGAUCCACUGCAUAUACUCCUUCCAACACUGUUGUGGAUGAAACUGAUUUGUCUUUAAAAAAACUAGAAGAAUUGCACAGAGAGCUGCAGGCACUUCAAAAGGAAAAGAGUGACCGCCUGACGCAGGUUUUGGACCACCUGAAUACACUGAACUCGCUGUGUUUGGUGCUUGGUGUGGAUUUCCAGCAAACAGUUAAUGAGGUUCAUUCUAGUUUGAGCAAGUCUGAAGGGACAAAGAACAUAUGUAAUGAUACUAUUGAGCAGUUGGCAGCCACAAUACAAAGGCUGCAGGAGGUCAAAAUACAGAGAAUGCAGCAGCUUCAAGAUCUUGCAACUUCCAUGUUGGAGCUAUGGAAUUUGAUGGAUACACCAGUUGCAGAGCAACAGAUGUUCCAGAAGGUUACCUGUAACAUAGUUGCUUCAGAACAUGAGAUUACAGAACCCAACAUGCUUUCCAUCAACUUCAUUAAUUAUGUUGAAGCAGAAGUGUCUCGGUUGGAAGAGUUGAAAGCAAGAAAAAUGAAAGAAAUUGUCUUGAAAAAGAUGUCAGAGCUGGAGGAGAUUUGUAGGAAGACACACAUGAUACCAGAACCCGAGGAUUCAAUGGAAUUUGCUAUUGAAGCUAUUGAAUCUGCUGUGGACCCCUCCAGUAUUCUUGAGCAAAUUGAACUUCGAAUUGCUAAAGUUAAAGACGAAGCUUUUAGCAGGAAAGAGAUACUUGAAAAAGUUGAGAAGUGGAUGGUCGCAUGCGAGGAAGAGUGCUGGCUUGAGGAGUAUUGCAGGGAUGAAAACCGAUAUAAUGCCGGAAGGGGUGCUCAUCUUACACUGAAGCGUGCUGAGAAAGCUCGUACUUUGGUUAAUAAGCUUCCAGGUACAGUGCAUCACACUUAG